UUUUGGACAUAUUUUGUCAGUUUUAAGUUCUGCAGCCGAGACGGAGCCGAGCCUCAGACCAAACUCUGUCUGCAGCACAGAGAAGACCACAAAAACACGGAGUUCUGAAUUGUGCUGAAGAGGACGACAAACGGCUCUGAGAUCAGAUAAACCCAGUGUUGGUGUGCGUGAUGGCCCCCUUCAGGCGGCUCUUACUGCUGUCUCUGCAGAUCCUCAGCUGCACCUCGAUUGCCCUGGCCUGUCUCUGUGAUCGAUAUGACUGGACUUCCUGGACUGCCUGCACCAGAACCUGUAACCAUGGGACACAGAAGAGAGUCAGGAUAUUCACCUACGACAUGUACUUCUGGAAGAACAGUUGUGCUCAGCUCUGCCCCACUUGGGACACCAGAGCCUGUAAUGAACAGUCCUGUCCAAUCAACUGCAUACUGACCGAGUUUGGACCCUGGUCUGACUGUUCGCCCUGCGCCAAGAAACAGUUUCGAACCCGGGCCGUGCAGAGACCGUCCCAGUUUGGUGGGUCAGACUGUGACGUGGUCCUGACCCAGGAGCGUGCUUGUUACCCCUCCACUGAGUGUAAACUGCCCACGGUGGACUGUAGAAACGACUUCAAGUGUGAAAACGGUCGCUGCAUCAACUCUACCCUGAGGUGCAACAAGCAGAACGACUGUGGGGAUAACACUGAUGAGAGAGACUGUUCUCAGACCACAGUAGUGUGUCCAGCAGAGAAGAGAGCGGCCCCCGGGUCCGACCUGGUGGCCAACGGGUUUGACGUUUUGGCUGAGGAGCCGCGGGGGGAGGUGUUGGACAACAUGUUUAUGGGCGGAGAAUGCCUCAUCAAGAGACCGCCCACCACUCUGCAAUACCACCGAGUCCCUCACAACUUUGAAAACUUUGACAUCAAGGUGGGGGUGUUGGAGGAUUUCAGCAUCGAGCCCAAACCACUAAAGACAGAGUCCAUCAGUAUCAAAUCUUCAUCUUCAUCAUCUCAGGACAGUGGUCAGCGCAAAGACACGCUUUUCCUGCCCAUUCUCAUCUUCCUCACAAAAGGGUCCAGAUCACAACUUAGCUCGCACAAGGAGGCCUUCGAAGCAUCCAAGAAAAUAGACUCCAAGUUCAUCAGGGUCCACCAGGUCCUCCCUGUGUCCACGUUUAAGGUCCGCAAACCAGCAGACUUGGUACUGUCUCUGCCCUUCCUUCAAUUCCUCCAUGCCUUGCCCCUGGAUUACAACUACGCCCUCUACAGGGACAUUUUCCAGCGCUUUGGGACACACUACUACAGCUCUGGAAAACUGGGGGGGCACUACGACCUGCUGUACCAGUACAGUCGAGAAGAACUGAAAACCUCAGGUGAAACAGAGGAUCACUUUAAAGGUUGUUUGGGUCGAGAAACGACCUGGUCCAUCAUCCUAUACACAGAACACAGCAGUGUGACCCGCUGCACUGACACCACCACCACUGAAAAAUACAAAGGCUCGUACAUCCAGGCAGCGGAGAAAUCCUUCUCCAUGGUGAGAGGAGGUCGACCCAGAGAAGCUGCAGCUCUGGCGUGGGAGAGAACCGGUGCUACCCCAGACCGCACCUCCUACAAGAACUGGGCCAAGUCACUGAUAGACAACCCUGCAGUGGUGGAGUACGAGCUGCUGCCGAUCAUAGACCUGGUCCGAGGAGUUCCCUGCGCCGUCACCAAGAGGAGACACCUGAGGAAGGCUCUGCUGCAGUAUCUGGAGGAGUUUGACACCUGCAAGUGUUCACCAUGUCCCAACAACGCCAGACCAGUUCUGUCUGGUACCGAGUGCAAGUGUGCUUGUCAGACUGGAACCUAUGGUACAAACUGUGAGAAGAGAGCUCCAGACUUCACCUCAGAGGCUCAGGAUGGAUACUGGAGCUGCUGGGGACCAUGGAGUGGCUGUGGGGCCAACAUGAAAAGACACAGGACCAGACGCUGCGAUAACCCUGCACCCCUCAAAGGAGGACAAGCAUGUUCUGGUCCAGAAAGAGUAGUGGAGCCUUGUCACGUCUCCAUCUUUGAGAAACAUGAAACCUGUGACAACGAUGAUGACUACACUGUGGGCUGGAAGGAUGAGCUGCCUCCUGGUGUUGAGGGCUGUCUGAGACCACAGAGGCCGGAGAACAGUUUCCUCAGGAAAGCCAAGCAGUAUUAUGAGUUUGGUGAGAGUGAAGAGUUGCACUGCUUCACUGGUUUUGAACUGGAGGGUUUCCAGUACAUCAACUGUCUCCCUGAUGGGACCUGGAGUCCGCCCCAAAUAAAAUGCAAUAGAAAACUCUGUCUUCCUCCUGAGAUUCCAGAGGGAAUGACCUUUUCUCCAAACAAAGAACAGUACAAGGUCGGAGAAUUGAUUAUAUUGAACUGCGAUGACUCCACUCUGUCGCCGAAGCCUCGUGCAGUCUUCAAAUGCAGCCCUACUUUUACUUGGGAGCCUCCCAUCCCUGCAGACCUGCGCUGCUCCAAUGAAGAGCCGUAUGUCCCAGAUGGUCGGUGUGGUCUGGGACAGAAGAUGCAGGACUCUGAGUGUGUCUGUGUCCCGAGAGAGAGCUGUCUUUCACAGCAAGCAAACCUCUGUGUCCUGAACAUGGCUGUGGGUAAGACCGUGUCUAUGUCCCUGUGCUCCUUCCACGCAGGCCGUUGCCACGGUGACCCCCUCAUGUACGUGGAUGAGGGCACUUGUGAGGACGUUGACCCAGUAAAACUGAACUGGGCCAAGUUCAGAGGAGAGAUGGCUGCCAAGAGUUCUGUUCAAGUGCCCUGUGACCUGAACACGUGCUACGAGUGGGAAACCUGUUCUGAGUUCAAGAAGUGUGAGUGUAAAACGGCUCACGAAUGUCCCAGAGCUGAUGCUCAGCACAAGUACUGCGUGAUGCUGACCAGAAUUCAACAAACUCGAAGUCUGGGCCUCUGCUCCAUGGCUGCCCUGAAAUGUGCCAGCUACGACAUGGAGAUCGUCAGUGACGGCGACUGUCCGUCCAAAUGAUUCUCUAUCUGGAGAACACCCACCAGUGCUGUCAUGUAGACCCUCUCUGACCUUCACCUCUGACCUUCAACCUUUGACCGUCACCCCUGACAUUUAUUCCCAAGAGAACCUUUUAUGUUGAUUUUAAUUUUAAUUUUUGAAUGCAUGAACUUAUUAAAAAUCAUCUGUCAUUUCUUCCAGAAAUUCAAGAUUUGUUUGUGAGUUUGUUUUUUACUGUUACAUUUUUACACACACAGUUUCACACUCCUGGGGAUUUGAUUUGAGAAUUAAAAGACAACUACAAUGUUUUAUUAAAAAGUGUUUCAUUUUAUUGUCUAUGACUGGGAGAGAAAGAAAAGAUUUACAUCAUUGAAACACAUACAAAAUUCAUUGUUCAACUAUUUACAUUUCUCACACUCAGAAAAAACAAAGUGAAAGAAUUAAAAAAAAACUCAGUAGUGA